UUGGAUUCAGUGGGUCAAAGCAGGGGAGAGGUGCAAAAUAAAGAAAGAAAGAAAGAAAGUGGGGGUAAUAGGAAAGCUGUAGCUGUACAAACCUUGUGCUCGAGAAAUAAUCUGGUCAGCUUUGAACAAUUCCUUGAAGAUUCUGCUUGUUACUUGUAUACAACCACCACCUCCUUACUUCUUUAUCUCCUUUUUUAUCACAUAGAAACCUAAACUUUUCCUUCCCUCUCUCUCUCUCUCUCUCUCUCUCUCUCUCUCUCUCUGAUUUGUCUUGCAAUACUCCGUCUUUCUAUUCAAUCUCGCAGUUUCAACGUUUGAAUGGCACCCAAUCACAAUACAGAUGAUUCUAAAGAUCAUGCCUCAAAAUUGAAAGGACGGUCUAAAGAUGACAUCUCGCUAGUAGUUUGCUUUGGGGAAAUGUUGAUAGAUUUUGUGCCAACAGUUGGAGGAGUUUCACUAGCUGAAGCACCUGCUUUCAAGAAGGCUCCUGGGGGUGCACCUGCUAAUGUGGCUGUUUGCAUAUCAAGACUAGGUGGUUCAUCAGCUUUUAUAGGCAAGCUAGGUGAUGAUGAUUUUGGCUAUAUGUUGGCUGACAUUUUAAAACAAAACAAUGUCAAUCAUUCUGGUGUACGAUUUGAUCCCAGCGCAAGGACUGCACUAGCAUUUGUUACUCUCAGAGCUGAUGGUGAACGUGAAUUCUUAUUUUUUCGUCAUCCCAGUGCAGACAUGCUUCUUCAUGAGUCAGAACUAGAUAUGAAUCUCCUCAAGCAGGCAAGGAUCUUUCAUUAUGGUUCUAUUAGUUUGAUUGCGGAACCAUGCAGGUCAGCUCAUCUUGCUGCAAUGAGGAUUGCCAAAAGCUCUGGCAGCAUCCUUUCUUAUGAUCCAAAUUUGAGAUUGGCAUUAUGGCCAUCACCUGAGGAUGCUCGAAAAGGCAUAAUGAGUAUAUGGGAACAAGCUGAUGUUAUUAAGAUAAGUGAGGAGGAAAUCACAUUUUUAACUGGAGGUGAUGAUCCUAAUGAUGAUAAUGUGGUCUUAAAGAAGCUUUUUCAUCCCAAUCUGAAGCUUUUGGUUGUGACUGAAGGCUCUGAAGGCUGUAGAUAUUACACCAAGGAAUUCAAGGGCAGGGUUGCUGGUGUUAAAGUGAAGCCUGUUGACACAACUGGUGCUGGUGAUGCCUUUGUUGGUGGGAUUCUCAGCUGCCUAGCAUCUGAUCUAUGUCUAUUGAAGGAUGAGAAGCGGUUGAGAGACGCUCUUCUUUUUGCAAAUGGCUGUGGUGCUGUAACGGUAACAGAGAGGGGUGCAAUCCCUGCAUUACCCACCAAAGAAGCCGUCCUCAAACUCUUAGGUAAAGUCCCUGCGUGAUGAAAAAUGUGAAAGAUCGGCGAUUUAUCUCUUUCUUGUAUCAAGUUGAUGUAGGUUUAAAUCCUUUGUAGUUUACAACGUUUUUGCUCCAUUUCUUUUGCCUAUGAACCAAAAGGUUGGAAUGAGCCCCAUUCUGUCAAUUGGGCUUAUUUUGAUUUCAACUGUUGUAGAUUAGAUUGAUUAAUAAAAUGGAAGACCGCAAAUCUAGUCUUAUUAUUUACA